UAUACUAUGGACAGCCCGCGACUAGUGAAACAGCAGAUGUGCCCUCAAGCAGCGGUGGCCCCUUGGUGACAGUGUCUGCACCGCUACACCAAGUGUCCCCCACUGGCCUGGAGCCCAGCCACAGCCUGCUGAGCCCGGAAGCCAAGCUGGUCUCAGCAACUGGGGGCCCCCUGCCUCCUGUCAGCACCCUGACAGCACUGCACAGCUUGGAGCAGACAUCCCCAGGCCUCAACCAGCAGCCCCAGAACCUCAUCAUGGCCUCACUUCCCGGGGUCAUGACCAUCGGGCCCGGUGAGCCUGCCUCCCUGAGCCCCACAUUCACCAACACAGGCGCCUCCACCUUAGUCAUUGGCCUGGCCUCCACCCAGGCACAGAGUGUGCCGGUCAUCAACAGCAUGGGCAGCAGCCUGACCACCCUGCAGCCGGUCCAGUUCUCCCAGUCGCUGCACCCUUCCUACCAACAGCCGCUCAUGCCGCCCGUGCAGAGCCACAUGGCUCAGAGCCCCUUCAUGGCCACCAUGGCCCAGCUGCAGAGCCCCCAUGCCCUCUACAGCCACAAGCCCGAGGUGGCCCAGUACACCCACACGGGCCUGCUUCCGCAGACCAUGCUCAUCACCGACACCACCAACUUGAGCGCCCUUGCCAGCCUCACACCCACCAAGCAGGAGGCUGCUCUGCCCCCCCAGGUCUUCACCUCAGACACCAAGGCCUCCAGUGCAUCUGGGCUUCACACACCGGCCUCUCAGGCCACCACCCUCCAUGUCCCUAGCCAGGACCCUGCUGGCAUCCAGCACCUGCAGCCUGCCCACCGGCUCAGUGCCAGCCCCACAGUGUCCUCCAGCAGCCUGGUGCUGUACCAGAGCUCUGACUCCAGCAAUGGCCACGGCCACCUGCUGCCAUCUAGCCACAGUGUCAUCGAGACCUUCAUCUCCAUGCAGAUGGCCUCUUCCUCCCAGUAACCAUGGCAACCACCCCCAGGCGCUGGGCCCUGGAGUCUGCAUGACCUGCUGGGGGGGCUGUGCCUGGGUCCCCACCGUGCUCUGCCAGCAUCAGGGAUGGAGGGUUCUGAGGUGCCCCAACCUGCGGAGGGCUGCUUGGAUUGCCCAGACGGGUAUGGAGAGCUGGGAGCACAGCUUGUUCCUGGCAGGAUGUGGAGAGACUGUCCCUGCUGCUUGGGUGGUUACUUGGUGCCUUUGAUUCUGGCACUCCCAGCCUGGGUCUGUGGAAAGCCCUGGGACCCCACACGCCUCAGGACAGUCCCGAGUAGCUGUGACUUGCUGAGCUCCAAGGCCCUAAGCUCGGCAUGGCCUCGUUCUGUCACCUCUACCCACCAGGCCACUCCACCCUGCCCCAGCUCCUUCCAGCUAGUGACCCACAUGCCCAUUUGUACCCCUCCAUCACCCACUCACACCAGGCAUUUCCUGAGGGGCUACUUUGUGCCAGGGCCUGGGGCUCUGAUGCCCAAGCCUGGGGCAGCUC